AUCGGUGACCACGCCUGGGCUCUCCUGCAGACGGCCUAGUCGAACAUGCCUGGCAUGUGGUACGUGCCUACUGUUAGUACCCACUGCCCACUCUCCCGCAUUUAUGUAGAUUUUUUAUUCUCACAGUCAGAAACGGGCCCAGCAUGGCCCUAAAUAGUGGAACCACGGUCGGAUUCCACCGUUCUUAUUCCUUUGGCCGUGUCACCCUGGGGUCCCUCCAUCCUGAGCCCAAACUUCCUGAUACAGCACCUGUCCUGGCUCACCAGUGGGCGAGCCUGAGGCUUAGAGGCCCGAGCAGAGGAGCCACAGAAGCUGGGAGCCUUGGCUAAGAGCAUAUUCACGCAAUCGUGGCAGAAUGGGAACUGUCACCCGGACCUCGUGACUGGCUCGUGGAAGAGUACAAGAAAUCUUCGGGGGAGUCCAUAGUUUAGCAGAGUUUACAGUUUUGUGCAGGGGUGAGGCUUGGAGGUGAGGCUUCCUUUCUACCUAACCCUGGAAAUCUCUGCAGGAAGUUGACCUGCACCUGUAAACUUCAGCCUCCCCCACCCUUGUGGGGUCAGGAGGUGACUCUCCAGAACCAGAUUGUUCUGUGUGCUUUUAUGAGACAGGUGUGGGCACCAGCGGACACAGAGCAGAGGCUCAGGAGAACCAGGGUUAUCACACUCGUGGGCCCUGGAGACAGCCCCUGCCUGCCCCAUGCUGGGCCCCAUGGGGAAGUACCGGUCGGGAGACAGGACAAGGUUUAGGCUGCAGCCUUUGUUGGGGUUUCCAUGGGAAAGGCAAGCAGGUCAGCGUGAACACGAGGACUGGCUCGCUUGAACGAUUUCGGUGGGCUUUGGUGGACCCUGGGACGGUCAAGGCAGAGCAGUAGUGCCUCCAGGUGCAGGGGCUGGAUGGGGAGGCAGGGCUCUGAUGGGUUAGGUCCCUGCUUUGCUCUCUCAAGAAUGGGCUGACCCGGGAGGGGCAGGCUGCCCAGCCAGGAAGGUUUUUAUGAUGUCGGGGUGUGUGGGGGAAUAAACGUGACACACCAGCGCACAGAUGCCCAGGCGCUCUCGUCAGCCUGUCAUCUAUUAGACUGACCUGUGUGCACGUGCACUUGUACGUGUGUUUGGGGGCGUGUGAAUCACAGGAGCAGAGAACAAGUCUGUGAAGCGGCCAGCGUAGCCCCCUCAGCGCCUUCAGUCCUGUCCGAUACAGAGCACUCCUGGGCAUGGGCACGGGCGAUGGCACAGACUCGGGACUCCCGGGGGGACGUGUGUGUACGUGUGUGCUUUUGUCUUUCCUCCCUGAAUCGAUUCAUACCCACAAAGAGCCAGCCUGCCACAGAGCUUGGUUCACUCAGAAGUAGGAAGACAAAUGCUUCUAUGAUCUUUGCCUUUGAUUACAGGACCGUCAUCGAAUCCACGAGUUCAGUAGUUAGACAAGGUGCCUCUGUGGUUUGGGUUAAAGGAGCUAGCACUUCCUACGUCCCAACAGUGGUCACCGUGACUGUUUGCGCAGAGUAGCUCUUUUCGCCGACUCGUCACAGAGGGACAGCUGUGGCUCUGGGCUCACAGCCCACAGUUCAGCCAGACAUGGUGACCUCCGCAAGGAUGGACAGCUGGAACGCACCGUGGCCCCUGCCCAGCCCUGCUCCUUGCUGCCCAGAUGUGGGUGGGAGAGCCCUCUGCUCCUGAGGAGGUGCCCUGUCUGGUCGGAGACGAAUACAUGACGAGCCCAGACACACCUGCACGGACGGUGCCUCGUGGGACGAGACGCGGCGUGGGCGCCCAAGCCCUGCAUUGGUCCUGGGACGCCUUUAAUCCUCCGCACCUAGGACGAUGACUCAUGUGAGCGAUGGCGGAACAGCAGGGAGCAUUUUCGACCUGGACUACACGUCCUGGAAGAUCCGCUCAACGCUCGUGGUCGCCGGCUUCGUCUUCUACGUGGGCGUCUUCGUCGUCUGCCACCAGCUGUCAUCCUCCCUAAAUGCCACCUACCGCUCCCUGGUGGCCAGAGAGAAGGUCUUCUGGAACCUGGCGGCCACCCGCGCGGUCUUUGGCGUUCAGAGCACAGCCGCGGGCCUGUGGGCCUUGCUGGCGGACCCCGUGCUCCAGGCCGAUAAGGCGCGCGGCCAGCAGAACUGGUGCUGGUUUCACGUGGCGACGGCAACGGGAUUCUUUCUCUUUGAAAACGUCGCGGUUCACGUGUCCAACGUGCUCUUCCGGACGUUUGACUGGUUUCUGGUCGUCCACCACCUCUUUGCCUUCCUGGGCUUUCUCGGCUCGGUGGUCAACCUCAGAGCCGGCCACUACCUGGCCAUGAUCACGCUGCUCCUGGAGGUCAGCACCCCCUUCACCUGCGUUUCCUGGAUGCUCCUGAAGGCCGGCUGCUCCGACUCCCUGUUCUGGAAGCUGAACCAGUGGCUGAUGAUCCACAUGUUCCACUGCCGCAUGGUGCUCACCUACCACAUGUGGUGGGUGUGCUUCUGGCACUGGGACGGCCUGCGCAGCAGCCUGCACCUUCCGCACCUGGCGCUGUUCCUCGUGGGGCUGGGUCUGCUCACGCUCGUCCUCAACCCCUACUGGACCCAUAAGAAGACGCAGCAGCUCCUGACCCCGGUGGACUGGAACUUCGCGCAGCCGGAGCCCGGAGGCGGGCGGCCCGCGGGGGCCAAUGGCCAGGUGCCGCAGAAGAAGGGGCAGUAGCCGCUCGGAGCCCAGGGCCCCGGGGCGCAGCGGCUGCUGUCCACGGGCUCCGCCGCAGACUCCCGCGGAGUGAGGCAGGGACCGCGCCGUCCCCGGCGCUCUUUCCGAGUCACACUGACUGUGCUGAUUGCCCGGUGGCCACAAAGGAUGUGCAAAGCCCGGCUUUGCCUCUGGGGACACAUUUUUGCCGUCGCGACCCUGUCGCCUGCUGUGGUUUGCUCCUGCGCGCCUAACCGUGUGCGGCCCUGUUGACCAUCAGGGAGGGCGUCACGGUGGCGGCCGGGCCACCUGUCCAGGAGGAGGGAGCGCUCCCAGGGCCGGGCGUGACUUGGCAUCAGCAACCCUCCCCCGCCCUCCCUCCCCCGCCGCCGUGGCCGUCAGCGUCCGGUCUGUCCGGUCACACGGUCAGCAGUUUGUGUGUCCUAUCUGGCGGUGGUGACCUUCUUAGCCGCAGGGCACUGUCCUCGGACAGAAGGGGUCCUGUUUGGGCCCCUCGUUAGAAUCUCCGUGGAUGGAGAGGCCAGCCUGGCUGCGGUCGCGCCAUGUGGUGGCGAAGCCGCGGGCAGGCCCCUGCAGGAGUGACCCUCCCCCCCUUGGGGGACGGAGCCAGCCUGUGGGUGCGUGCGCUCCAGUGCAGGCUGUGGGGUCGCGCGGCAGGGGAUCUCCAGUAAAACCAGAAGCGUGUAUUCACACUCUCUUGGUCACUUGGUAAAAUAAGGUAGAUGUUCGGUAAUCAGACCUGUCUGGAUUUUAGAGCCGUUUUCAACGGACCGAGUUGCCGGUGUGCUUCCCAACCAGACCCUCGUUCCGUGGCUGGCGUUCCUGAGGGUUUCAGGGCCGGGCACCGGGCGCUCUGCCCUGCGAGCUGCGGGAGGCAGGCAUGCCGCCUUCACUUGCCCCCUCCUCGGGAAGGCGGGCACCAGCCUAGCACGUGUGCAGGGAGGUCCGGGGCCCCCCGGUUCCAAAGCUCACUUAGGCGCGUGCCUCCACUGUUAGCAGAGAUGUGUCCGCCGAGUAACGGCCUCUCCUGUGAAAGUGAGGGUCCCCCCGCCCCGACUUCCUUUAGUCCGCGAGAACAGGCACCCAGUAGGUGUUGUGUAACAGCAAAGUGCUGCAAAGGGGGUCAUUCCAGCUCACGAGAGGUUUCAGGGGACCGCCCUACUGUGGGCAGUGGGGGACACACGUACAGACAUUUGAUUCUGGCCUGGGGUGUGCAAUUAAAAUUAGGUUUAUUUUUUUUUUGAAAGCCUCUUUGACGUCUUUGCAAAAAACACGUGUUUAUUGGUCACGGAAACGUCCGACUCGUGUUUAAGUGACAGGGCGCUCACGGCGGCGAUCUUGGUUACUGCUGCUUCAGCUUUAUGCUUAGGUCAAGAUCCGUAACACCCGUUUAUCUCCUCGUAAGGAGUGAUUGAAGCCUCAAAGGUACCCCGCAAACCGCGUCCCCGCAAAGACGACUAACUCACGAUCCUGCGGCCCCCGCCCUUCUUGUGGAACAGACGUAGCUGGUGUCUUCCGAUGGCACAGAAGCUUAAUAAAGUAACUUAUGUUUAUGGACCCAAAA